AAAUGUAAAUUACUGUACCAUGAAAACCGAAAUGUACCAAGAGCGGUCGGCGUGACGUGGGCGCCGCUGUUUUGCUCCCUGCCGUGUCUGAUUGCCUGGCACCGUGCUUCCUUGAUAUUCUGCUGUUUGAUUUCUUCCUUGCCGGCGAAAUGGGUGUGAGCACUACAGCCUCCUUUGGUCUCUCCAUCCUGUGCUGCUUGCUGGUGUUCUCAGCACUGCAAAUGUACAAGAGUCCACUGGGGUCCACAAGACUUAUGACUCUGAUUGCAGGAUAUGUGGCAUCAUGGCUCUUUAUUUUCAUGCUAACUGCUGUGAGCAAUUUGGAAAACAUAAUAUUUGGCAAAGGUUUCCAAGCCCGUGUGAUUCCAGAGGUGGUGUUGUGCAUGGUCCUGGCAUGUUCAGCAGCAGGCAUGGUGCACAGAGUGUCUGUCACUGUGUGCCUUUUGUGCUCCAUGGUUGGACUGUUUUAUAUCAAUAAAAUGGGACAGUCUAGCACAACUCCUGCUGCUCCUUCAGUGUCUGGCUCAAAAAAGAAGAAAUAAGAUGUUGGAUUAUGAUUAUCAUUGAAGGAUUUCUUAUGUCAGUAAUAUAUUUUGUUACCUUGGAAUGCAGUUUUUGUUUAUUUAAUUUUCAAUCAUCCAGUUUCUUAUAGACUUUGUUAGAACCUGCUAUGUAAUUGUUGUUCUGAUUUUCUUAGAAUACCAGAAGUUAAACUUCUUACAGGGUCCAAGGAUUUGUAAUAAAAAUAGAUUUAUUUGU